UUGUAAAUUUUGACAGGCUACUUGAGCAAAAUUUUCAAACCAGGUUUAUGUCUAUAUACCAUGUCCUCAUGUCAAUGCAGGUAAACCCUUCUUCAUUCUCUCCAACUCGUGUUUGUAGCCCAGACUACGAUCAUUCUUCUGUCCAGUUUGAUUUGUCUAUGCAGCAGGAAAUUUGUGGAAUCCCGGUCCCUCAUCGCUCCCUUCUGAUUCCAAGAAUUUUCGAAGCUAAAUAUAGACACGUCGAUGCUGAUAAAAUGUACUUUACUGAUGGAUCACUUACAGAGGAAUCAACAGGAUUUGGAGUGUUCAACGAAAUAUCUAGCGCCUCUUACAGCCUCGAGUCACCAUGCUCUGUGUAUAUAGCAGAGUUAGCAGCUAUUCAUUGUGCUUUGGACAGUAUAGCUUCAAGGCCAGUUGGGCACUACUUUAUUGUAACGGAUAGUCUGAGUUCUGUUCAAGCAAUCCACUCAAUAAAACCGGGAAAGCACUCGCCAUACUUCUUCGAGAAGAUACGGGAUAGUUUGAGUGCUUUAUCAAAACGUCGCUUUAUCAUCACCUUUGUUUGGGUUCCCUCUCAUUGCUCGAUAGAGGGUAAUGAGAAGGCAGACUCUCUGGCAAAGGUGGGGGCGAUGGAAGGCGACACGUACCAGCGUGAAAUUGCCUUCAACGAAUUUUACUUUUUAGUUCGAAGAAACUCUCUUGUCAACUGGCAGCGCAAAUGGGACGAGGAUGAGUUGGGUCGGUGGCUGCACUCGAUUAUCCCAAGGGUAAGCCUUAAACCAUGGUUUAAUAGAUUGGACCUGAGUCGAGAUUUUAUUCGUAUAUUUUCCCGACUCAUGUCCAAUCAUUAUUCCUUAGACGCGGUACUCUAUCGUUUGAAUAUUGCUAGCAGCAAUUUGUGUAGUUGCGGCCAAGGUUACCAUGACAUCGAGCAUAUUGUUUGGUCGUGCGAGGUCCAUCUUGUCGCCAGAACGAAUUUCAUAGACUCCCUUCGGGCCCGAGGAAAACCACCCUAUGUUCCAGUGAGAGAUGUGCUGGGGUGAACUAGAUAUAAGCACACAAUUGUUAUCAAACAAAACGAGUUUGGCUCCUUAAAGCCUAAAGGUAUGAGCCGUUUCAAAUAAAGAAUUUAAAAAAAAAAAUAAAUGGAAAAUGGCUCAAUGAAUAAAUGCUUUUAAAAUUUAAAUCUGAGUCACAUUAUGGCAAAAGAAAAUAACAUUGAAUCAAAUGAAACUGUUUUUUUUAAUCAAAGCAUUAAUAUUUUGAAUCAAAGUUUUUCCAAAAGAAAAAUUCUUUGAAAUGCAAAAAAACCGUAUAUAAUAGCGAAAUAGCGAUUAAUUUUUAAGAUAAUUUUCCAUUAUGCAAACGCACGAAACUUCAAUUUUUUUUUUCUCAGUUUGGUUUUGACAGUUCUCUCUAGUGUGUUUGGAGACAUCUGGUGGCCCAACCAAAAAACAAUAGGUGCUAAACGAUCGUUGGGAAUUUUAUACAAGUUUCGUGGGCUAGCUUGCACGUCUGUUAUCUGUGCUAUUAUGCUUAUGCUUAUGCUUAUGCUUAUGAUACAUACACAGCCAGAACUUGUCUGCAUCCCGGUGAGCCGUAAAAGUACAUUUACGACUCAUCUUUACAAGGCCGGGCCCACUGUGCUGUAUUGGACGCAGAGACAACUGGAACACAGGUAGGAAGAAACGUGGACAACAGUACCAUACGUUCCAUGGUUAUAGAAAUACAAUUUCGUUAACGUUGGGAGCACAUAGCUAAAAUUUAAUAUGCUCCUUGGUGUUGGUUACUGGAGCUACCGUCUUCAGUGGCUGGAAAUGAGGUUUUUGUGCACAGAAAAACAAAACUAUUUAAAAUAAAUCUUUUUUUUCGGUAAUUUCAAAGAUUCUAAAAUUUACAUUCGGUUAAAUAGGUUUUCAAAUGAUAAUCAAUGAAAUUAAUAGUUGAGAUUUUCUGUGCCCCAUCAUCUCUGAUCUUUGAUCUUGGUUAUAGCGCCUUUUCUCGCUCUUGAAACGAAA